CUAAUAUUAAUUCUUACUUUUCUCGUCACAGAUUCUAAAGAUACACUCUAAACACGGAAACUUCAACAAAGACCAAGUCCCAAACGUGAAGGAAAAACUCCGAGAAAGGAAAUACAUUGGGAAUAGCACAGAUGCCCUAUAUAGUUGUAGGUAGAAAGAGGAGACAUUGGGGAAGGAGAUAGAUGAGGUCUAUCCUUAUCACUAACUAAAGUAUUUUACUAUAAAAGGGAUGGGUAGCAAAUGCUGCUCAUGACAGAAAUGUUCUUUCAGAUGUGACUUAUUUAGCGGUAGGAGACUUUUUCCAUCACUGGCACCACACGAGCGGCCGAUAUGUCACGGUGUCACUGGCAGACUGGCUGCGAUCGCCGAUCAGUACCUAUAACAGUAAUUGUUACAGUAGCUGUGGUGCCACCUGAUGUAACUCGUUAACGCUGCUGUGCCGCAUGUAUUCAUGUAGUUGAAUUUUACGUGUUACUCUUUUUUUUUUUUGUAGUACAAACCACUUCGGGUCUCAACAUAAGGAAGUGUUCUGUGUUUCCUGCCUGUAUACCGCCAGCCACGCACUGCAACUACAGCUCAUCCACUUCCUCUGAGAUGGACACCCUACGCUUCGCUGUAGAUGACGACGACGACCUAUAUUCAGGGUUCGACACGGUGCACCCAGCACUUGACACCCGCCAUCUGGAGAGUGACCCAGGCUUUCAGGAGGCUGUCCGCACUAGCCAUGGCCGCCGUCCUCCGACACAGAGCCGCACACCAGGCACAGCCAUACGGCUGACAGGUGCUGCACCUCGUCUUGGAACAGUUCAACAGGGACCUGGAACAGGUGGUUCCAGUGAUGGGUUACGAAGACCCAUGACUAGCAUGCGAGGCACUGGCUACACCUCCCAAGGAAGUGCAUUUGAUCCACUCAACCAGGCCAGCAAAGGCCCAGCCCCUCCACUCAUCUCUAAGACAGAGGAAAGCCCUGAGGAGAAAAUCAAGUCCUUGGAACGAAGGGUGAUGGGACUCAUUGAAGAAUCGUGCUUGGCAGCCUCACGUGGAGAAAUAAGACUGUCUCUUGAUAGAGCAAAGGAAGCCUCCAGCAAGGAACGUUCUCUUAUCAGACAGCGAGAGCAGGCAGGCCUGUCUGAUGGUCACAACCUAGAUCUUACUUUCUCUGUCCUCUUCAACUUAGCAAACCAGUAUGCUGCUAAUGACAUGUACACUGAGGCCCUCAACACUUACCAAGUCAUCACCAAAGAUCGCAUGUUCAACAACUCAGGUCGACUGCGAGUCAACAUGGGCAACAUCCACUACAAGAUGGGGCAGUACAGCAAGGCUAUUAAGUUUUAUCGAAUGGCACUUGACCAAGUUCCCAACACUCACAAGAGCAUGAGGAUCAAAAUAAUGCACAAUAUUGGUUUGGUGUUUGUGCGCAUGGGGCAGUACUCUGAGGCUUGUACAAGCUUUGAGUACAUUAUGCAAGAAGAGGCCAACUUUAAAACAGGUUUGGACUUAGUUACAGCUUAUUAUGCUCUUGGAGACAAAGAAAGAAUGAAAAAGGGAUUUCUGCGCUUGUUGGAAUGUCAGCUGGACAUUGACGAUGAUGAGAAAUAUACAACAACAUCAGAUGAUACACAAGCUAACCUUAUUUUGGAAGUGAUUCGCAAUGAUCCUCUGCGAAAGAUGGAACGGCAGAUGAAGCAAGAAGCAGAGCGUUCCAUACUGACUGCUGCCAAGCUAAUUUCCCCUGUGAUUGAGAGCACAUUCAGUGCUGGCUACAACUGGUGUGUGGAUGCAAUAAAAAACUCUCAGUAUGCUGACUUGGCCAAUGACUUGGAGAUCAAUAAAGCUGUCAUGUAUUUGAGGCAGAAAAAUUUCAAGGAUGCAGUAGAGACUUUAAAGAUGUUUGAGAAGAAGGAGACCAAAGUAGCUAGUACAGCAGCAACUAAUCUUUCUUUCCUCUAUUUUCUGCAAAAUGAAACAGACUUGGCUGACAAUUAUGCCCAGAUGGCACGUGAUGCUAAUGGAUACAAUGAUGCUGCCCUUGUGAACCUUGGAAAUUGCUGCUAUAAACGAGAAGAUUAUGAGAAGGCCCGAGAACACUACAUUGCUGCCUUAGAUAUUGAUGCCUCCUGUGUAGAAGCUUUAUAUAAUCUUGGGCUAACAAACAAGAAAUUAGGUAAUUAUGAAGAGGCCUUAGAUUCUCUCCUGAAGAUGCAUGCUAUUGUACGUAACUAUCCUCCUGUUGUAUACCAGAUUGCCCAUCUCUACCAACUGUUGCAGGACAAUGACCAGGCCUCUGAAUGGUACCUGCAGCUACUGGGGCUGGUGCCCACUGACCCACACAUUCAUCAGCGCCUGGGACAGAUUUUUGACUCAGAGGGAGACAAGCAGCAAGCUUAUCAAUAUUAUUUUGAUUCAUAUCGUUACUUCCCAAGCAACUUGGAGGUCAUAGAUUGGUUGGGUUCGUAUUUUAUUGAGCAUCAGGUGGCAGAGAAGGCUAUCAGUUAUUUUGAGCGAGCAGCACUUAUGCAGCCAGAUGAACCCAAGUGGCAACUUAUGGUUGCUGCCUGCCACCGCCGCUCAGGCAACUACCAGCAGGCACUUCAAACAUACAAGCAGAUCAAUCGACGCUUUCCUGAGAAUGUUGAAUGUCUCAAACUACUUAUAAGAUUGAGUAGUGACCUGGGUCUCAAGGAGGCCACAGAAUAUGCUUUGGAAUUGAAGAAAGUGGAAAGAGUCCAGGAGCAGAGAGACAUAAGGGCCACCAGCGGAUCACGACCAGGAUCACGCAGAUCCUCUUCCCGUGCCUCUCGCAGUGGCUCAGCUAUCUCAGGUCAUGAGGAGGCAGGAGUUUUACCUCCAAAAAGCCCAGGCACCAGACCAAGUGCAAGAAGUGCCCGCAGCAUUCCUGGCUCUGCACUCAGUGGUGGAAGGUCAACCCGUCUCUCUCUUAAUGACCUGGAUGAGACAGAACCUUACAUUCCAUCUAACAAAGAAGUUGACAGCAGUUAUGUUGACCCUCUUGGACCACUUCAAGAGCGGCCAAAGACAAGCCUUCGCCGCAAACAAGAUGAAGAUGAAUUUGCUGAUGAGGACAUUGGAGAUGACCUUUUGCCUGAAUAACUCUUCUCCGGUUGAUGAAGUAUCAGUUCACAAUAGAUACAACAACUAGUGAUUACAUACUGACCAUCUAUCUUGCUGCUUUCUCUUGCAUGCUGUGUAGAAUAUGGGGCUGGGUGGCAAGGGUAAUGAGUCAACUAGGCAAUGAUACCUGUUAGUCACAUGAUGAUGAAGGAAAUAAGUUUUCUUUCAAAUGGAAACUGGCAGUCAAUUAGGUGGGAAACUUCAAACAUGUGAUUCAAAGAAUCUUAUGGAUAGACAGUUUCAUAUCAAAUGUAUUUGUGAGUUCUAAAGUACCCAAUUACUGUGCAUUCACACCAAAACUGGCAACCCUACUACUGACUGCACUGUGUGUGUGUGUGUGUGUGUGUGUGUGUGUGUGUGUGUGUGUGUGUGUGUGUGUGUGUGUGUGUGUGUGUGUGUGUGUGUGUGUCUAACUUUGGUAAGGUUAAGACAAUAACAUUAAAUCAUAUCAAUCUAGUAUAAAGGUGUAGCAGAAAUACAUCCCACAGUUUAUAGGUUAACAGAAGACAUAACUGUUAGUGUUUGUGUAUUAGCUUAUUAGAUAGUGAAGGGACAGUAGGUGAGCGUGAAAGGACAGUAAGUAAGUAGUUGAGAUGCAGGUUAGUUAAAGUGUGCCUUGUAUUCUUAGCUUGCUGGAUAGAAAGGAUAGAAAUGUGUACACCUGAGAGAGAGAGAGAGAGAGAGAGAGAGAGAGAGAGAGAGAGAGAGAGAGAGAGAGAGAGAGAGAGAGAGAGAGAGAGAGAGAGAGAGAGAGAGAUUUGAAACAUUUAUUUAUCAUUAGUUCUUGUAAAACAUAAUAUAUAAAUGCUAUCAUAACAUAUAACAUAAAAUAAACUAGCUAGCCUAUAUUAAGCAAAGCUCUCUCUCUGAGAGAGAGAGAGAGAGAGAGAGAGAGAGAGAGAGAGAGAGAGAGAGAGAGAGAGAGAGAGAGAGAGAGACUUCAACUAUUUCAUUAGUCUCACAGCUGGUUCCUUCACUGUACAGAUAAAUUAUUCCAUAAUCAUAUUUUGGUCUGAAAUAAACAGUUUGCAUCUGGUAA